AUGACACCUUUCAGCAGCGGCAGGCCCAGGUACCAGAUUCCUCACAUUCCAGACGGGCCCAUGCCUACCGCUACUGCUACCGCUACUGCACCCACCCCAGCUGCAAUUACUGGUGUAGCCGCAGCUCCGACCGGUCCAACUUCUGUCCCUCCAAUAGCGAACAGCGCUGCAGGGGUUAACAAGUUCUUCGACAAAUGCGGGACUCAUGUUUUGCGCGUCACAGACGUAGGCGGAACAAUCCAAAACUCAGUCGCACUUUACACGAUGAGAGGAUACUACUACACCAUCAAAGCUGGAGUUCGCCAUGUACUUCUCAACAUCAAUCCUUGCACAAGCGCGUUCUUCAACAACAUCAGGUGGGAGCGGGAAUGCGUUUCGAGAGGAUUGCGGGUCCGCAUCCAACUAGGCCGCGGUAACAAACAGUCUGAUCUAGCGACGUUUACCUGCCUGAACACCUGUCAAGCUCGGGUCAAAACAAUUCAGGGACUGGAAUGUGCUCACCCAUCUACAGAACAAGUUCACUUCACUCGCACCAAGACACUUCUCAAUCCUAAGGAUACCUCGGCCGUCGAAAAUUACAUCCGAACUUUGGUAGAUGAUCGACAACGUCGAGGACAUGGUCGUUGAGCGCAUUAAGGACUGGGUCAAAAACAACCGGUUCCGUCUGCCCAAGAACAUCAUCAAUUAUCAAGACGGGGUCUCAGAGGGACAGUACAAAUCAUUCGCGAGGAAG